CAAGCCUCUGGAAGUCUGUUGUUUAGAGACAGCUCUGUAGUGCAGGCAAGCCCAGAUUUCACUAUGUAGCCUCAGGCUGGCCUCAGACUCAUCUGACUUUCCUUCUACUUUUCUAGUGCCAACAUUUUGUCCAUGAGCCACCAUACCAAGCUUGUGCCACGCCUCUGGAGAGCUUCAGUUUAUUUGUUUUGUGAUUAUUUUAUCUUGCUAAUUCAUAUUGUUCCCGGUUUUCUUUAUUAUUACUUAACUAAGUAAUCGUUAGUAUCUUCAUUUUGACAGAAAGUCUAGCUAUCUAAUCCAGGCUGGCCAUGGGUUCAUAGUCCUCUUGCUUUAGCUUCCCACACACCAAGAGUGCAGCCCUGUGCUACCAUACCUAGCUUUGCCUCUGCUUGUAAUGUCCCAGCAGAGUCUGCGGUGCUGCAGGCUCUUAGUUGGCCACUCUGCAGUCUCCUACUUACCCCUAGCUUUGCGUUACCCAGAAGGCAAAUGCCAGUGUGGCCUCAGAGUCUUGUCCUUUCCCCCCUUUCUGGCUGUUCUCAGAUACCUGUCACAUGCAAGAGGUUACGCGGUUUUGAGUUUCCUGUUCUUGCCACACUUUAUAAGUUGAAGGUUUCGUGAGCCACUUGGAGGGAUGUUGGUGUGAGAGAGGUCAGGCUUAGUUUUCGAGGGGCCUGGCAAAGCCUGUGGCUGAGGCUGCUUCCUCAUGUGUCAGAAGUCUGAAGCUAACCAGAGGGCAAGAAAGACCUUUCAUCCACUCGGCUGCUUCCAUUUGCUUGUCAGCUCAUGCCCAGCCUCUUGGUAUCAGCGGGGUUGCGUGCCUCUCUGGCAUGCAUACAGCCAAGCAACCCAGAAGGUCUUCCAAGAUGCCCAUCGUGGUAGAUGACAUCAUGAAGCUUCUAUGCUCCAUUUCCCAGGAGAGGAAAAUGAAGGCGGCCUUCAAGCACUCUGGAAGGGGUGCCAUGGUUGUGGGGGCAAUGGCCUUCGUCGGUGGUUUGGUUGGUGGCCCUCCAGGAUUAGCUGUUGGGGGGACUGUUGGGGGCCUGUUAGGUGCCUGGAUGACGAGUGGACAGUUCAAGGCGGUUCCUCAAAUCUUAAUGGAACUGCCCCCCGCUGAACAGCAGAAACUCGCUAAAGAAGCCGCUGCCAUCAUCGGGAACUUGGACUGGACAGACGCCGUGCAGCUGACUGCUCUGGUCAUGAGCAACCAGGCCAUGCAGCAGAAGCUCUUGGCCAUGUUAACAACAUAUGUCACCAAGGAGCUGCAGGCCGAGAUUUGCUAUGAUGACUAGGCCACUCCCCCUGGAGUAUGGGGCUUUUGUUUUAGAUGAUUCUAGGCUCUCAGAGGGCCACCAGGGGAAAGCCUGACAGGUACCUGCAUAUUACCACCAGCGUUGACUGAAAGCUGGAGCGUUGUCACACCCUGUUGGACUGUCCCUCCAGAGGGGCCUUGGCCAUGCUGUGUGUGUGUGCUGUGGAAAGGUACAGGCACAGCAACUGUUGGCAUUCACAGACAGCUUGGGAGUCCUGCUGAUCGUGUGGCUCUAGAAGUUCUCAUGCUGGCUGGCUGGCUGUACCGGAUGCUCCUUUUCCUGUGAAGAAGACCCCUCUUACCUGUCACAGGAGUGGGUCCCCUUAGGCUCUGGAGUCUGGGGGUUCAAAGCCAGUUCUUGUCCGGAUUGUGCUUGCCUGCUGAGUGUCUCCCUCCUUUGCCCAGGGACUUCCCAGUGGUUUCACGGUGAUAGUGGUUCCUCUGAGUGAAGCCACAGAUGCCAGGCAGUCUCUAUACUCUGCCACUGGCUAUACCCCCAGGCUCUCUUGAGUAACCCUAGUUAAGCUUCGAGGAUCUUCUGCCUCCUUAUGGAAAAAUCAUGGUACUUCUUUAUUUUUGCUGUCAAUUCAGAACCCUUUUUGUUCUCUAUGCUUUUGAUUUUUUUUCUUAUUAUUCUUACUUUGUUGCCUGGGCUAGCCUUGAACUCCUCGGCUCAAGUGGUCUUGCUACACAGCUGGCUGGGACCGUAGGCUUGUGCCACCACACCUAGCUUUACCUCAAAGACCAUCUUUCCACUCCCCUUUAUCUAAGUAAGUUCUAUGUUCUCCUCUCUGCACUGGCUGCAAUCUUCAAUUAAUUGUGUGAAAAGACAAAAUCAACAAUGAACCGAGUUCAGAGAUCCUAACUGAGCUAGGUGCUGUGAUGCCCACCCACGGUCCCAGAUAAUUGAAAGGCCAAAGCAGGCACAUUCCUGAGCCCAGGAAUUCAAGGCCAACCUCGGCAACCUCUCAGAAGCUGGGAGAUAGGAGGGGGCACGACACACCAUCUUAGUUGGCUGUGAAUGUUCCGAUGAGCUAGAAAGAGAAAAUAGAUAGAGGAGACCAAGGGAAAGCAGAAACAACAAAAGCGCUAGGUUAACCUCCCGUGAAACUGGCUCACAUCUGACAAGUAGCGUGUGUGUGUGUGUGUGUUGUGGAUGUAACCCAGGGCCUUGCAUGAGCUAGGUAAGUACCACCACUGAGCCUUGCUUCCAGCCCUCUCCUGGUAGAUCCAAGGCAAAUGCUCUACCACUAAGCCUAGUCCCAGCCCUUGAGAGGCUCAAUUUUGGCUUGGCUAGUUGUUUCUAGUGCUGGAGCUUACCCAAAUAACAUCGUAUACAAUUGAUUAAACAUUUGACACUUCCUUUUUAUCCUCUGUUGGAGAUGCUCACUCAGGGAGGGCAAGAGCUGUGUGUCUUGGUCACCCCUAUCUCCAGCUUGGUCUUGCUUGGCACCAUGGCUUUUAUGUGGUAGAUGCUAAAUAAAUAUUUAUUUUUAAAGCUA